AUGUUCAAUUUAAUCACCUCGACGACGGGAGAAAGAGGAGGAAGAGGAGGAGGCGCGAAAAACACGAACAACAACAACAACAACAACGAGGUCGCGCUCGUGUCUUCGUCGUCUCAGCGAGCGGCCAACGAGCUUCAAAAGAGGAAAAAUACGAGCAACGCGACGACGGCAAACAACGUGUUCGACUCGAUCCGCGGCGACGUCAACUUGGAACUUCGCACGACGCAGACCUGGGGUUUAGGUUUAUCGGGAGGGGGGAGGCCUCGCGUGACGACGUUCGGGCAGCCGAGCAGCUCCAUGUGCUCGAUCAAAGACGCGGCGGAAAAGCUCGAGCAGGACAGGAAGAAAGCGAGGCAAGAGUUACUUUUGAUGACGCAGAAAUUGGAGGAAUACGAAAAGACGGAGAGAACGAUGGGGAGAAAUUUAGAGAGCGAACGAGAGAUGACGUCGAAAUUACGCGCGAGUUUGAACUCCGCGAACAGGAGGAUUGGCGAGUUGAGCGAGAGAUUCAAAGCGGUGGAAGGCGCGCACGAGGAAAUACGCGACCGGUUGGCGCGCGCGGAGAAGGCGGAAAAGACGUGCGAUGAGAACUUGACGUUCGCGCAAGACGCGUUGACGGACCGGUUGGAAUGCGACGAGAAGUAUUUGAAAGCGUUGAAAACUUCCAUCAAAGAGAGAGACGGGCUGUUCGCUGCGAACGAGGAGUUGGUGAAGCGAGUCGAAGCGUUGACGGUGAGCGAGCGCGAGUUGUUCGAGAAAGUCGCGAAGAAAGAGGAGAAGGUGAAGGAAAUUCUCGAGGAGAAGGAAGGCGCGUUGGCGCAUUUACGGAAGAAAGCGGAACACGAGAAGGACUUAUUGCAUCGCGCAACGGGCUCGGAGAAGAAAGCGAUGGAUCUGAAAGACAGCUUUGAGGCGUUGUUGAAAGUAAACGUGGAAAAAGACGAGGCUCUUAUCGCUCUACGAAAGGAGAAGGAGAAAGCGACGACGAAGAACGAAGGGGAACUGAAGAAGCUAAGUGGAGAGUUGACGAAAUUAAAGGAUACGUACGAAAAAGAUAAGCUGAAGUGGUGCGAAUCUGUGGACACGGAGCGUUUGGAGGUGCAAAAGACGAAAGAUGCGUUGGAAAAGGUUUCAAAGGCAUUGGAGACGGAAACAAGGCAGCUCGAAGCGGUGAACGCGACGCUUCGCGAGAAAGAGGAGCAGUUGUUCGAGUUCGAACUUGAACGAAACAAAGCAAAAGAUGCAUUGUCAGAGCGCGAGAACGAGAAGAAACGGCUGGAAAAGGAACACGCGGAGAAGCUGGACGAUUUAGAGGAUAAGUACGAAAAGGAGAAGAGGGAGAUCCGAGAAGAGCAAAAUCGAACCGUGGAAAAGACGAGGAAACAGUUGACGGAGAAAAACGCGGAGUAUAUAAGCACGAAAGCGGUGCAGAAUCGCGAGGAGAUUGAAAGGGUAAAAGAAAGCGCGAGAAAAGAUAUCGAUCGCGCGAACGCAAACUUAAUCGCGAAGGAAGAAGAGUGCGAGAAGCUGGAGAGCGAGAUUGCUGAGUUGAAAAGAGACGCAAAGCUUCGCCAGACGGCGUACGAGGCGCAACUCGAGAAUUUGCAAAAACAAAGUAAAGCGACUGCCACGAAAGCUACGGACGAAAACAACAACAGUUCAGACGAGGAUGAAGAGAAUUUCAACGAUGGCAUUGAUCAGCUGAGAGGAAAAGCACCGGCUCCAACGCAGAAGAGCGCUCUCAAACAACGAGAUCAACAAAAAUCCACGUCUAAAUCGACGAAAUCGACCAAGUUUACUCUCGAUCCAGACGCAGAUAAUUUUUACGACGCGCCCGUUGGCGAUAAACCAACAGUUGAAAAACCUCCAGCGUCGAAAAGUUCUCGUCGUCGACGCGUGACAAUCCAAAGUCAUGAUAUGGAGGAAGGCCACGCGAACGAAAACGACGUCGAGACGCAAUCCAUGGAGAGAACGGCGACAGCGACGGCGAGGAAGACGAAGAAGAAAUCCGAAGCUCCUACUAAGAGCAAACCAUCGGCGACAACACUGGUAGAACUAGCGACGCACGUUUCAAGAGGCCGCGUACGAAAGUCGACGACGGGAGCUUCCCGAAAUAACCAACACGCUCCAUCUGUGGCGGUGCUGAAAAAGAAAACACCGACGCCUCCGCCGGCGUCGUUGCUAUCGCACCAACAACGCAAAGCUACGCUCAAGACGAAGAAGUCUCCCGCAAAAAACGCACUUUUACGCGCAAAGAUUUUGCAAAAUGCGCACAACGACGACGAUUCCAGCGCUGAUGACGCCGUCGACGACGAUGGUCUCGAGGGCCUCGAUCCCUUUGCGUUUGCGGAUGAUUAA